GGUGUUUCAGUUGCGUUGCGGCUGCUGCAGUGAGCGGGUGGGCUUGGGUUGUCUCUCCGUCGUAUCUACCCCCUCCCUGCCUUCCCUUCCUUCCCUCUCCCUCCCUUCCAGUUCUACCCUUUCCUUCCCUCCCCCCGCGCACCGGCCACCUGUCUUGCGUGUAUGUGCGUGCGUGUGUUUGUGUGGGUGUGUGUGUAUGUGUGCAGGAGUUGUAGUGUGUGUUUAGAAGCAACGGUAUAUCUACAUCCGCCUCAUCGUCAUCCUUGAAAUAUGGAGAGAGGGAAGGAAGGUGCAGAGAGAGGAAGAGGGAGAGGUUGUGGGGGUGGGUGGGGGUAGGGAGAAGCUUAUGACGUAAUUUCUUGGCAAAAGGACAGAAACGGAGACGUGGCGCUGGACUCUCUCUCUCUCUCUCUCUCUCUCUCUCUCUCUCUCUCUCUCUCUCUCUCUUCAGUGUCUUCGUCAUCGUCCUUUCUCACCUCCACUUUACCUUAUCUUCAUUAUCCUUAUCCCUCAUCCUUCUCACUUCACUCCCUCACCCCCCUCCAUUACUUUGUGACCGAUACCCGUGCUGCCACAACUCUACAACUACUACUACUUAUACUACUGCUACUGCCGCUACUGAUGAUGACAGUAGUUCGCGCCUCGCUUCCGCCAUGGAUAAAUGUCGCGUCUCCACUGCGAGAGCGAGUCCUUCAAGAUGGACCUUAUUCUUGACAUCAACUCCAUGAUCUACCCAAUGGAUUUCGGGGACAAGUUCCGUCUGGUGCUGGCCACGACACUUCGAGAAGAUGGUUACCCAACGGAUGGCCCUGAGUACAAUCCGCUAGACACCGGGCCAAGUCGAGCAGAUCCGUUUGAUUACGUGAUGUACGGGAAGAUCUAUCGAAUUGAAGGCGAUGAUGGGCUGCUGGAGACCUCGGGAAGACUGUCAGCCUACGUGUCCUAUGGUGGACUGCUGAUGAGACUGCAGGGAGAUGCCAACAACCUACAUGGCUUUGAGGUGGACAAGCAUAUCUACCUACUCAUGAAGAAGUUGGCUUACUAAUGCAGGGGGGCCUCUCAGGGAACCCUCAGCAGGAAGAGAGGAAAUGCAACAGAUGAAGGUGAAGGUGGAGGUGGAGUAAGAAGGGAUGGACUGUGAUGUGUUGUUGUAGUGAGUCCUGCUGAGGGGCUACUAAUCUUUAACUUUGUCAGUAAAGUCAUCCAAUGUCUGUUCAUUUCUUGAAGAUUACUGGAUGGGACAUGAGUUUGUGAUUUCUUUCUUUGUGUAAUAGAAUAAAGGAAAAUUCCAAA